AACCCCGGGAACAGCGUGGAGUUUUCAAACAAAUUCGAACUUGCAAAUAUUCUCUGCAAUUGCGGACUUCCUUACCAAAUUCCAUCUCUUCUUCUCAACUUCCCUAUUUAAUUCUCCAUUCACCUUUACUUUCCCUUCAUACCCAUUUCUCUUUCUCCCAAAUCCCUCAACCAUGGCGAUUUCCUCCACUUUCUCCUUCCUCACCCUCGCUUUUCUAGCCCUCUUCCUCUGUUUUUCCCCAUUUUCAUCGGCUUCUCAUUCAUCCACCUUCUCCAUCAUCGAUGAAAACGCAAAACACCACAUGGGUAUCCCCGAUAUUGCCGAUUCUGAUCACCUAAGAUCCCCUCAACGGACCGACGACGAGGUUGCGGCUCUGUACGAGUCCUGGUUGGUCCAUCAUAGGAAAGCUUACAAUGCUCUCGGCGAGAAGGAGAGGCGAUUUGAGAUUUUCAAGGAUAAUCUCAGGUUCAUUGAUGAACAUAACCGGGAAUCGCGGACGUAUAAGGUUGGAUUGACCCGUUUUGCCGAUCUCACCAAUGAGGAAUAUCGGGCAAGGUUUUUGGGUGGCCGAUUCCCCGGGAAGCCUCGCUUAUCCGCCGCCAAGAGCGGUAGGUAUGCGGCGGCGCUCGGCGAUGAUCUUCCGGAUCAUGUUGAUUGGAGAAAGAAGGGCGCUGUUGCGGCUGUUAAAGAUCAAGGACAGUGUGGGAGCUGUUGGGCUUUCUCGACAGUUGCUGCAGUGGAAGGAAUUAACCAAAUCGUCACUGGUGAAUUGAUCUCUCUGUCGGAGCAGGAACUUGUGGACUGUGACAAAUCAUAUAACAUGGGGUGCAAUGGUGGUCUUAUGGACUAUGCUUUCCAGUUCAUCAUUGACAAUGGUGGAAUUGACACUGAGGAAGAUUACCCUUACAAGGGCCAUGAUGCCGCUUGUGAUCCCAACCGGAAAAAUGCCAAGGUUGUAACCAUAGAUGGGUUUGAAGAUGUUCCUGAGAAUGAUGAGAGCUCUUUGAAAAAGGCUGUGGCAAAUCAACCAGUUAGUGUUGCCAUUGAAGCUGGUGGCAGAGCCUUCCAACUUUACCAAUCGGGAGUCUUCACUGGCCGUUGCGGAACCAAUCUGGAUCACGGUGUUGUUGCGGUUGGAUAUGGUACAGAAAAUGGUACAGAUUAUUGGAUUGUGAGGAAUUCAUGGGGUAAAAACUGGGGAGAGAGUGGUUAUAUCAGGUUGGAGAGAAAUGUGGCCAACAUUACCACAGGCAAAUGUGGUAUAGCAGUACAGCCUUCAUACCCCAUCAAAACCGGAUCGAACCCUCCAAAACCUGCUGCUUCUCCACCAUCUCCUGUCAAGCCCCCGACAGAAUGCGACGACUACUACUCGUGUGAGGAAGGAACUACCUGCUGCUGUAUCUAUCAGUAUGGAAGCACCUGCUUUGGUUGGGGAUGCUGCCCACUCGAGUCCGCAACCUGUUGUGAUGACCAUUACAGUUGCUGUCCACAUGAAUAUCCCAUCUGUGACCUUGAGGCAGGAACUUGCCUAAUCGACAAAGACAGCACAAUGGGAGUCAAACUGCUGAAGCGGCUUCCUGCGAAACGUACGAAGGGAAUUCAGAAGUUUGGGGAGUUGUUCGUUGGUGCUUGAGAAGUCUGGCAAUGGUGGUCGGUGUCGUCCCUGAAAUCAACCAUUUGAACACAGGUCUAGAGUACAGAAAGCUAUUAGAAGUGGAAACUUGAUGAGAUCCUCCCCAUUUAUUUGUCUCUGCUCUCGUGGGGCUUAUUUUCUUUUUACAGUAUUGAACUUUGAUUGUGUUAUAAUUCACCUUGGUCUUUCAAAUAUUGAUGGUGACAUUGUAUAUAAAGUUUCCUCGGGCGAAAACUUGUAACAAACUUCCAUCUCAUUUGCUUUGAAGAUAAAUUGUAUAUAUUUAUCAA